GACUACACCCGUCCCACUUAUUAGCAUAUUUUAUAGACCUAUUGCCUUCGUCAAGAGAUCAUGGCUAGUUAGACCAUCCCGACCUACUGGAACAGUCGAAGGCUCUCCCCGGGUAGCAGAGAGAGACAGGUGCCAUAGACAAGGGGGCACACAGAGUGACACUUUAUUUGAUCUGUUAUUACUUUCGAAAAAUACGAGAUUUUCUUUUUUUUAAUUUAUAUUUCUUUUUUUUAAUGUUUUUAAAAAUGGUGUCCAAGUUGACAUCACUGCAGCAGGAGCUCCUGGGCGCGCUGUUGAAUUCUGGAGUUUCCAAAGAGGUUCUGAUCCGUGCUUUGGACGACAUGGAUCCGAGCCCCGCCACCGCCUUUGGAGUCAAACUGGAAAACUUGCAAAUGUCCCCGCCGAGCUCCAAAAUGAACGGGAGCGACUCGGACUCCAAACCGGUCUUCCACACUUUGACCAACGGGCACAGCAAGUGCAGCAAGAUGUCCGGGGACGAGGGCUCGGAAGACGGGGACGAUUUCGAAACCCCGCCGAUUCUCAAAGAACUCCAGUCGCUCAACACGGAGGAAGCCGCCGAGCAGAGAGCAGAAGUGGACAGAAUAUUAAAUGAGGACCCAUGGCGCGCGGCGCGGAUGAUCAAGGGGUACAUGCAGCAACACAACAUCCCUCAAAGAGAAGUGGUGGAUGUGACGGGGCUCAACCAAUCGCACCUCUCCCAGCACCUCAACAAGGGCACGCCGAUGAAGACUCAGAAACGAGCCGCGCUCUACACCUGGUACGUGAGGAAACAGCGAGAGAUACUCAGACAAUUCAACCAGGAUACACAGGGUUCUGGCAGCAAUAUGACAGACAAAGUGACUCAGGAUCAGGUCCUGUUUUUCUUUCCAGAGUUUAAUCAGCAAGGUCAGGGGGGUGUGGCACAAGCCGGAGCCGGGGAGGAGGCCGGACUCGAACCUGCCAGCAAGAAGAUGCGUCGCAACCGCUUCAAAUGGGGGCCGGCGUCCCAACAAAUCCUCUACCAGGCCUACGAGAGGCAGAAGAACCCCAGCAAGGAGGAGCGAGAGGCCUUGGUGGAGGAGUGUAACAGAGCGGAGUGUCUGCAGCGAGGCGUGUCCCCUUCGAAGGCACACGGACUGGGAUCGAACCUGGUCACCGAGGUCCGGGUCUACAACUGGUUUGCAAACAGAAGGAAAGAAGAAGCCUUCCGGCAGAAGCUGGCCAUGGACGCGUACACCGUGGUGCCAGGGCACAGCAUGAACCCCCUGCUGUCACACAGCUCCCCACACCAAGCCCAGUCCAACUCCUCCCCACACAGCAAGAUGACAGGAGUCAGGUACAGCCAGCAGGGAGCUAGCGAGGUCACUUCCUCGACGACCAUCAGUCACCACGGCAACAACGCCAUGGCAACCAGCCAGUCAGUUUUACAGCAGGUGUCACCGGGAGGCCUGGACCCAAGCCACAGCCUACUGUCACCUGACUCCAAGAUGAUCUCAGUCUCAGGUGGAGGGCUUCCCCCAGUCAGCACUCUGACAAACAUCCACAGCCUAUCCCAGACUUCUCACCACGGGCACCAGCAGACCCAGAACCUCAUCAUGACCCCCCUGUCCGGAGUCAUGGCCAUCGCACAGAGUUUGAACACGUCCCAGGCGCAGAGCGUCCCAGUUAUCAACAGCGUGACUGGCAGCUUAGCAGCCCUGCAGCCAGUCCAGUUCCCUCAGCAACUGCACAGUCCCCACCAGCAGAGUUUAAUGCAACAGUCUACCAGUCACAUGGGCCAGCAGCCUUUCAUGGCCACAGUCACCCAGCUGCAGAAUUCUCACAUGUACUCACACAAGCAGGAGCCCCCCCAGUACUCCCACUCCUCCCGCUUCCCCUCCGCCAUGGUCGUCACGGACACCAGCAGCAUCAUGCCCUCCAGUAAACAGGAUGCCACUGUAAACAAGAUGAUGCAACUCGGGGGGCUGUCCUGGUGUCCCUUGCAAGCUUGGUGAUGCUCCACACCUGACUUCGCAGGCACCUAGCAACCGGCGCGCGUUUUCCAUCACAUCACUUCGGUCACCAUGGCGACGAUUAACGAGCUCAGCCAGUGGAUUGGAUGAUGACUCCGUCAACAAAUUUGGGAAAAGAAAAAAAAAGAAUGAAACUGUUUUGUUAGGAGCUGAAAAUAACUUGAUAUUCAUUGGCAAGAAGAAGAACAAAAUUGGAGACGCCUCCUUCGAUUACGAAACAGUAUUUUUUCCAUUUUCUCAUUUUCUGUUCGAGUAGAACAAAAAAGAAAAAAAUAUAUAUAUACUUUCUGGAGAAAGACAGACUGCAGCACUUGUCUGCAGUCUACACAGCCACCUGUGGGAAGCUCGUUGACAAUCAUCUGUUACUUAAAAGCAGCUUCCCUAAAACUCAGCUGAGCCAAAGAAGUUUGUACAUGAAACCCAGUUCCCUUGCAAAGAGUCCCCCUGCGUUUUCAAUCUAUUAAUAAGAAUGUGGAGGAAUCCCAGACAAGACUGGACAUCGAGGGAGAGGAGAGAGGAGAGACCGCAGCUGAGAAGGAAGAGGCUAUACUGAUCAACAUAGACGAUGAAAAAUACCUAUAUAUAACAUGUAUAUAUCUAUAGAAAUAUGUGGACAAGUACCGUCUGAAACAAGGACGGUGUAGGCUUUUUCAAGGACGUCCUGCUGACUGAAUUACCCCCAAUUGAUUUGCACCCGUCUGCAUGUUGUCACAUCAUUAUUCAGGUCAUUGGAGUUUUGCCAAAAACAAAAAACUGUGAUUAAAACAAAAACAUCAGAUUUUUUUUUUUUAAAUGCAGCAAAACUGCACAUUGUUAACUAUAAUAUUAAUAAUGACGAUAACGGUAAUACUAAUCACAGUGUACUAUUGUAUGACAAUCACAAGCCAAUUUACCAAUCCCUGACACCUUUUUAUUUCACGUUAUGUGCAUAUACUAGCUUGUAAAGAGUCUUCCAUAUUUUUUGCACAGGCAUGUCUUUAGACUGCUUGUGAUCUCAAAUGCUUUAUUUUUUUAGGCGGCUUGGUUGAAGGGGUGAAUUGAAGGGACUUAAAUAAGAUCUCUAAACAAACGGUCUCGCACCUCUGCAUGUCAUCUAUAAACGCUCAGAGCUGAGCCUUGCCAGCAUGGAGCUGCUGCAGCUGCAGUUUAUAUACAGCAUGUAUAUCGGGGCAUGCAUGACAACUUCUUUAAACUGUGAAUUGAAGUCAAAUAUUGUCAACUGAUGGAUAAAAAGUUUCCUUCACUUGACGUGACAAACAGUGUCACUUAUGCAUGCCUCACCUUUUUUUGGGGACGGCUGCAUAACAAUCACUGGCUAAUACAAGUCAAUAAUGAAAUACUUAUUACCCGUCUUUGCAGCAGUAUUAAUUUGCCUUUUAUUGCUCCAUUGUUCCAAGAUGUAAAUAUUUAAUCAUUUCUUUCCUAUGUAUUGAAAAUUCAUGUCCUAACAAGACUACGUUUCGCUACUUAAUUCAGUGGCUAAUUGUUUUCUAUAAACAGCCACACUUCAAAAGGUCACAGCAAAGAUUAUUAGAUAUUUUUUUGUUUUUACGUUGGUCUGCAAAGACAGAGCUACUGCCAAAGACGCUUGGGAGGGACUUUCAGUUGAGCGUCCUCAGAGGACGAAAAUGUGACUGCAAUCGAUUUUGUUCUGAUGUAUUAUUUUUGUAUAAAAAAAUUGAAAUCAAUCUUUUAAAAUCAUAUUUAUACUUGUUGUAAAGUGAAUAUUGCAAGUAAACAUUUUUUUUUUUUGCAAAAUGAA